UGGCAGGCUUGUUAUCCGGUUUGCGGUGAUGAAGAUGAUGGACAGCCACGACGUCGGAUUUGAUAUCGCGUUGGUGGUGCUGGAGCUGGUGCUGUUUUCGCGCCAAAUCAACCAGAAACUGGAGCAUUAUGACGGGAUGUGUAGUUGCUACGUCGUCAAUGACAAGGACUAUCACACGUCCACGCUUCUUUUACAGAGGAAAAAAGAAAGACGCGAAUGGUAGAGGUUGUGCUUAUAUGGCAGUGAUGAUGGGGAGGGGGUGGUGGUACUGCAAGUUGAGAGGAGAAAAGAACGAUAUGGAGAAUGAUGAAAGGAAGAAAGAUAACAAUCGCAAGUUACGAAAAAAAUCCCUUGGCUUUCAAGUAUUUAUAUUUUUUUCUAUUUUCUGUCGAGAGAGAGAGUGUGUGUGUGCACUGCGUAGGUACAAGCGUGUCUGUGUGUGUGUGCUUGAGCCUGUAUGGUGGGGUUUCCCAUUGUUUCUUUUCUCGGAACAUCAAAAAAGAGGAAAGGAUCUUCCAUGUGUUGAAAAGAUAUGUCCGUCGAUCCGCAUGCGAACGAAAAAGCAGGUCCAGAGCAAGGAAGACCAGCUCCGGUUAAAUCAUUCAAGAGGUGACCACCACCACCACGGCUGCUGCUGCUGCCACCCAGCACCACUCAUUGUCCUGUUUCUCUUUCUAGGCUAGAUCCAGUGCUGGUAUGUCAAGCGAUCGCCUUAAAACAAUCCCUGAAAACCCGCGGAGUGCAAAAAAUGGAUGAUAUUUAUAGCGCUCCACACGAGUUCGCAUGUCUUUUAAGUAGUUGAGGUGGCAACUCCUUCUUCA